GCAGGGCGACGACGAGAAGGGCGACUCCAAGGAAACGCGCCUCACGCUGAUGGAGGAAGUGUUGCUGCUGGGCCUCAAGGACCGAGAGGGUUAUACAUCAUUUUGGAAUGACUGCAUUUCUUCUGGGCUUCGUGGAUGCAUGUUGAUUGAAUUGGCACUGAGAGGACGUCUUCAGCUGGAGGCAUGUGGAAUGAGACGCAAAAGUCUGCUAACUAGAAAGGUAAUCUGUAAAUCAGAUGCUCCUACAGGGGAUGUUCUACUUGAUGAAGCUCUGAAGCACAUUAAGGAAACACAACCUCCAGAAACAGUGCAGAACUGGAUAGAACUGCUUAGUGGUGAGACGUGGAAUCCAUUAAAAUUGCACUACCAGUUAAGAAACGUACGUGAACGAUUAGCCAAAAACCUAGUGGAAAAGGGGGUUUUGACUACGGAGAAACAGAACUUUCUCCUCUUUGACAUGACCACACACCCUCUCACCAACAACAACAUUAAGCAGCGCCUCAUCAAGAAAGUUCAAGAAGCUGUUCUUGACAGAUGGGUGAACGACCCCCACCGCAUGGACAAACGCUUGCUGGCUCUCAUUUACUUAGCCCAUGCAUCUGAUGUCCUUGAGAACGCUUUUGCCCCCCUUUUGGAUGAGCAGUAUGACCUAGCUACAAAGAGGGUACGGCAGCUCCUGGAUUUAGACCCUGAAGUUGAAUGUAUGAAGGCCAACACAAAUGAGGUUCUGUGGGCUGUUGUAGCAGCCUUCACAAAAUAACUGCAGUUAGAUUGCUCAAGUGUUCUUCUUUCCAUUUCAUGUAAAUCAGUUUUACCUUCUAUUGAUGAUCCAUGUUCUCUGUCAUCUGUAUCUCUGUCACUCAUAUGAUGAAAAUCUGCUCUCAUUCAUUCGAAUGGUAGGUGGUGUGUUCUGUUUUGUGUGUAUGUGUGUGCGCGUAUGUCUACUACAGGAUUCUGCUGGUACACGAGAGCUUCCUAAACAUACUCAGCAAUCACAUGGCGUUCUGUUUCUUAGCAGAUUUAAGUUACUUUAUUGGAAUAUAAAUUGUGCUCUAUCUUCCACUGGAGUGUUUUCAUGCUGAAAGCCCUUCCUAAGAGAGAUUCAAUCACCUGGCCUUCAGUUGAUUCAGCUGUGUGAUCUGCUGCAGCACUGAACCCUGAAUCACAAAGGCAUCUUUAAGUCACCAAAGUUAAUUAUUGGAGCAUGGUUUAACAGGCUUUGUUAAAUUGUUGUGGCUUCAUAUGAAAUCUUACACGUAAGCCAACUGCAGCGGACUGAAGAAUAUUACAACAGCAGAACUUAAAAGAUUAUGCUUCUUACUAGAUAUUGGUUUAGAAGUGCUCAAGUAAUUUUUAAAAUGGGAGUAUCUCCAGAUUGGCUUAUUAAAUAGUUCAGCCAUCUCAUAUUUUGCUACUUGGGCAAAUCUGUGUUGACUUCUCAUUUUAAAAUAAAAAUACACACAGAAUCCUAAGGCUAGUAUAGAAAGGUCCAGUUGUUUCAUGAAGCCGUUUUGGUAUAGAAUACAUUCCAGUGUAGUCUGUAUAUAGUAAUAAUUGUAUAAUUAACAUAUAAGCACAUCUUAUUAAUUUCAGUAAAUUUCCAAAGUGAAUUAAUUUUACACCUAGCAAUCUAUUUUUUGUUUUCAUCCAUUGCCUCUUGGUGAAAAGAUGGGUCUCCUGUAAGGUAUAAAUGUAUGUGUGAGAGACACGCGCGUCUGUAACACCUUUUUAAAAUGUCUUUGGAGUUUGUGCCAUCCAGGUACAAUCUGCCUAUGCAUUGCCUUUAUAGCAUUUGUUGUAUGAUGAGACCACUCUAUCGUGUGUUAUAUAUUUUUUGGAAGAGGCUUGUGACCAGUACAGUUCUUGGAUGCAGUUUUCAGUUUUUGUUUGUACAAGUUAAUAUUGUGUCUCAUGUCAUUAAUCUACUUAACACAUAAAAAAUCAGCUGUCAAUCUUAGCAAGUGUUGCAUGUAAAUUGUUAGCAGAUGAUUAUUACAGUUCAGACAAUUAAGACUUCUGUAGUAGGAAGCUCUACUAUGUUUUAAUUUUUAUAUACAAUUAUGCUGAUUAGCACAUUAUUGUAAAAUAUAUAAGCAGGCUUUUUAACGUUUAUUACCUCUUUACCAUUGCUCAUUCUGGCUCCAUUCACAAUGUAAAUAUUAUGCAUUGGACAAAUUAAAGACAGACCUUUUUUUCUUUUUGUUUCAGAUAACAGAACACACUAAUAGCAGGGCAGGUGUCUACAAAAUUUUGGUUAACACUGAAAGCAGAAAAUACUAAAUAUAUAACUGUAGUUGAAAGUUAAAGGGAUACCCAAUCUGUAUACUAGCUUUUUACCUACAGUAAAUAAACUAUGAUCUUGAAAGUGCCUGAAACAGAGCAAGCAUGUAAUUUUGUAUUUUGUCUUCCUGAUUGUAAAAAAAAAACAUGCUAAUGUCAUAAAAGCAAAUUCUGAUCAGUACCCUGAUCUUCUCAUUACUGGGAAAGCUUGAAAGUAGUGUGAUUCCCAUAUUUGCAGCCCCUUAGCUGAUCAGAUUGUUAGAUGAAGACACAAGUUAGUUCUUUGAACUGACAUUUUCAGUCCUCUCUGACUUUGCAACAUGAAGAAGAAAUCUUGGUUAUCUUGAAGUUUCAGAAGAUGGAUUCUCUUCCUUUCUAUAGAUACUGGGAUGUGAAAAAUUAAAAAUUACAGAAUCAUUUUUCUAGGUGAUGGAUUGGUAUACAGUAUUUAGGAUUUUUUUCAGAUUUUUAAACACAAAGUCUGUGAGAUUUGAGGGCUGCUGUUCAUGUUACUGGUUAAGGAUACUCUAGCACACAAAUGCAAAAUGUGUUACUUAACUAUAGCUCUCUUGUGCACUCAGUAUAAGCUCUGCUAAGUAAGAGUAAUAUUAUUGCAGGCCAACAGCAUGAAUUUGCAAGCAUAUUUGACACCAAGUCUGUUCUGUCCAGAACUGGACACACAGUCUGUUGAGCUCUCAUUUUUAUACAAAUUCAGGAAGACUAUUGAGACAAAGUAUUGAUUUCUUGAAAUAAUAAAACAGGGAAAUCAGCAAUGUGAACAAAUCAAAAUCUUUAGAUGUAUAGGUGUAACAUAGUUUCUGUAAUUUUGUUUUCACAUUGCAUCUGGAAAACUAUUUGGAAAGCUGUAUGCUUGAGGAAUGUUGAGAUGGAAGGGAAAAGUUGCACUCUGGCUUCUGGGAACCCUUUUUUGACUUCUGGUCUUGAAACAGUUAUUGAUAUUAUCUUUACAUCCAUGUGGAGGCAGAAGCCUGCUGCAUUCUUAAUACUGUAAGUAGUUGAGACAAACUGAAUUCAGGGAGUCAUGAUGUGAUGACAGUUAAGCAAUAAUUGGUUGUCUGUGAUUGCUGAUAAAAUUUCAGCAAAUAUUCAGAGAAAUUUUGUUUGUAUAGGAAUAAAAGCUAAGACAAUGUUAA